GACCGCUUUGGACGUACUCCCAUCUACCUGGCUACCUGCCGCGGUCAUACCGAGGUCGUCACCUAUCUGCUCUCCUGCAAUGCGGACAUUCACUCGCCCAACAAGGAGCUCAAAUCUCCCCUCUACAUUGCCGCCAACUUCGGUCAUUUGGACAUUGUCAACGCCUUGCUACGGCAUGGUGCACAGGUAA